AGCAUCACGAGUCCAGACACUGCACUGCACUGCAUCUCCAGCCAGCUGCACAACGAGACCUGGACAGGCAGCGGCACUCCGAACAAACGUGCUGCAAAGGAGAACCUCGUCUGACCAACUCGGACCGCGGUGCCCCCCAGCAGCCCGGCCAUGUCGUCUUUCUUCACAGUCCCGGGUGCCCAGAAGAAGAGGAAGAGGGCUCCCGGUGCUGAGAACCCCAAGAAGAAGGCGGCGCCCAGCAGAGCGCCACGCGGUGGUCAGCCCAAAGUCUCUGCACCAUCGCGCAGGCAAGCCGAGCGAGACGACGAAUCCAUCUCCGGCAGCGACGACGAUAGCGACGAUGGCCCCGUAGACAACGACCAGGUCAUGGGCGACGGCCCUGGCUCAGACUCCGAAAACGAGGGCGAGACAGCCGCCGAGAAACGCCUGAGACUUGCCGAGCGUUAUCUCGAGAACGUAAGGCAGGAGGUGGACGAGGCAGGCUUCGACGCUGCCGACAUUGACCGCGACAUCAUCGCCGAGCGCCUGCAAGAAGACGUCGCAGAGUCAAAGGGCAAGGUCUACCGGCAGCUUGCCCACCGCCUAGCCUUUGAACAGGCCUCCCACAGUCUCUUCCGAGCCAACACACACACCACAACCUCCGUCGCGACGUGCGCGCCGCACGCUUACACCGUCUCGAAAGACCGAACUCUCAUAAAAUGGAAGCUGCAGGACCUGCCUCACAAGCAAUGGCCGCAGACCACAAAGAAGAAGCCAAAGAAGCCCGACGCGCCCCCCAAGCGCAAGCCAGAAAAGCUCGCCAUGACGAGGGGCCAGACCAACAAGGCCAAGGACAAGGACUACAAGGGACACACCGGCGACAUUCUGUCCGUCGUGGCUUCGCAGGACGGCAAGUUUGUUGUCACGGCCGGCGCGGACAAGCGUCUCAUUGUGCACGACGCCAAGACACUGAGACCUCUCAGAGUCUUCACACACCACAGAGAUGCUGUCACAGGACUCGCCUUCCGGCGCGGCACCAAUCAGCUGUACUCGGCGUCCAAGGAUCGGACCGUCAAGGUCUGGAGCUUGGACGAGCUCGCCUACAUCGAAACCCUGUUCGGCCACCAAGACCACGUUGUGGAUAUCGACUCACUUGCACAGGAGCGUUGUCUCAGCGUCGGCUCGCGCGACCGCACCGCCCGCUUAUGGAAGGUCGUCGAGGAGACGCAGCUCGUCUUCCGCGGUGGCGCGAUCGACAGGAAGAACAAGCCCGACGUCGACCCUCGCUCUCUCGCCCACGAGGGCAGCAUGGACCGGGUGUCGAUGAUCGACGAGGAGCUUUUCGUCACGGGCAGCGACAACGGCUCGAUAGCGCUCUGGAGCACACAGAAAAAGAAGCCGCUGCACGUCCUGCCACUGGCGCACGGGCUCGACCCGCCGUUGGCACCAACGCAGGCGUCGGCCGAGAAGAACCCCGAUCCGAAGAAAGUAGUCCCCCCGCCGCAGCCUCGGUGGAUCACCGCGCUGCGCACAUUGCCGUACUCGGACGUCAUCCUGAGCGGGAGCUGGGACGGCCAGGUCCGCGUUUGGCAACUCAGCGAGGACAAGAAGAAGAUCGAGCCUGUCGGCGUUCUCGGCGGAGGAUCACCCAAGGGUUCGGUCAACGGCACGCACAAUCACAACGGUGUCGACGACGACGACAACAGCGAUGACGGCGAAGAAGAUGUGGCUGGCAGCAGCAGCAAAGCAUCCAAACCGUCAUCCUCGUCGUCAACACCAUCCUGGUCCCUCAAAGGCGUGGUCAAUGACAUAUCCCUCUUCGAGCGCGGCAAGCGUGGCAAGGACGGACUCUGCGUCGUCGUGGCCGUCGGCAAGGAGCACCGUCUCGGAAACUGGAAAAAGAUCAAGAACGGCAAAAACGGCGCCGUCGUGUUCGAGAUCCCCCGCCGACCAGAGGCUCCCGGGGACGAGGGAGAGGAUGGGGAGUCUGAUGUUGACGACGUGCUGCCCAGGCAGUAGAAUUUGUCCGAUCCCCUUGUAGUUCAAGACCCCAAAAAGAACAUAGCAUAGCAUGGCAUUGGCAUUGAUAUGGCCGGGCUUGACUUCAAGCCUGAUGUUGCCACACGUAAAUAUACCUUGUACAUAUCUACUUUUGCAUUGUUGGUAAAUGGCGAUAGCUGCCCCAACAUGAUGUCGACCUCUCGCCUUUGGCUCCCGGAUGCUGAAAAUGUAUUUGAAAUC